AUGGCGGACUCGAGCACGACGAACGGCGAAUUGCAAGUGCCACAUCCACAUCAAACUCCUCCUCCGGCGGCUGUGGUGGACCUCGAGGCCGAAGGACGUGCACAUUGGACAAACGACAGGGCUCAAUGCUCAGCUACGACCACAGAAAAGAAGAAGAACAAUAAUAAUACAGCCAGUACCUCACGGCAAGGAGAGCAACAACAACAACGGACUAGUCGUAGUAAUAAUAAUGAUAAUAAUAAUAAAACAACAGAGGAAGAAACAGUUGGCCUGGAAGAUGAUGAAGAUGACGAAGAAGAAGAUAUUUGUGCUGUGGAAGAAGAAGAUCAUCUGGAAGAAGAAGAGGACCAUUUAGAAGACCCUGGACAGGGAGAAGACCAUGAAAUCGACAUGCAAAGUCACCUGGAGGCGUUGCAAGUGGUGUGCACAGCAGCGACGAAUUCCGCUUCGUCGGAAGGAGAAGAUGGCUGUUCGUCUUCGUUUAAUUUUCACAUGGAGAAUAAACACACCCAAAGAAAAACCGACACAGAUAUGCGAACGUUAAGCUCUUAUUUGAAAUCGUUAAAUGAGAGCCGUAGUCCUGAAAUGAUCCCCCCAGUUGAAUUGGACAACUACCUGUCCAGUUUUUUUAUGGUUGUUCGAAAAGCAGACGGCAGCGAAUACGAACCUAAGACCCUACGGGCCAUUAUGGCUAGCAUUGAACGUUAUCUCCGCUGUAGGAAUUAUCCAGUCUCAAUUACUAGAGACUAUAUUUUUUCCAAAACAAGAGAUUCGCUGAAGGAAAAGCAAAGGAUCCUGAAAGAACAAGGGAUUGGAAACAAACCCCGACCCCCAGCAGAUCCUCUCGGUGUCCUGGUCGCCCAGAGGGUGAACCAGUUAUAUGCUAAACAAAACAUGGGGCCUUAUAAUCCCUUAUCGGUUGUCAGCACAUUAAUUUUUGUUUUCAUCGUACACUUUAGACUACGUAAAGCAGUCGACCACAAGAAUUUGCUCUGGGGAGAUAUCCAACUAAAAGUAGAUAAAAAUGGAAGGGAGUAUUUGGUAUAUCGACCCCAGAGCCUUCCAUCCCUGCCUCCACACAUAGAGAACCACAUCCGGCGCACAUAUAACAUAUACGCACAACCUGAACGACCAGAGCGAGACCCGGUGGCUAUCUAUCAAUUGUACAACGAGAAGAGGCCUGCUUCGAUGAAAUAUAGUAAUUCACCAUUUUACUUAGGUAUCUUCAGCCUUAACCCUUUGCCUUUCCAAGACUGGUACCGUGCCUCGGCUAUGGGCAUUAACAAACUUUGUGACUUGGUCAAGCAGAUACGCUCCAUCACUGGUCUCCCCCGGGCAAUGUAUGCCCAAGACUCACCAUUCCUCAGUCCGCAGUUCAUCUCCAACGCACUGAUGGGUCCCGACCCAUCGAAAAGCGAAGUGGAAGCGGCAGCGGCCCUAGUCUCCACUAACCCUCACCAUGAUUUAUCUGUCAUGGACACUGUUGUUUAUAAUGUAGAUUCGGACAGUGAAAGUGUUACAGAACAACAAUCGAAUAUGUCAUUUAUUGGAAGUUUGGAGAAUCAGUCAAGCGUGGAAGAAAAUCUGCACGGAGAAGAUUUGACGAUGCACGACAAAGACGACGACGACGACGACGAUGACAAUGGAUCUCAUUUGGCCAGAGAAGAUGUAUUCCUGACGCUAGAACAAGCCAAAGAACAGUUCCUUUUGUUACUUCAGCGAAUGGAUAUUGAUGCCUUGGUAGCCUUUGAUAAAUGGCUAAAACUGAUGAGAAUUAGUCGAAACCCUGUCACUGGAAAAGUGAUUUGCCGUGAGAAUACUGUUCACAGUGCUGGGAAUUCACAGACUCCGACUGGACACAGUGACGAGGGUGAAGACUACAAAGACUUGUCUGGCCCUACCAUAAGUGGAGUGUAUGGCUCUUUCCCCAACACAAACAUUACUGUGAACAUUACACUAAGCCCCCAAGCCUUAAUGGGGCAGGGUCCAAUCACAGUUACAGCCAGUACUGCUGGUGCCAACAGUGGAGGUGGAACAGGAGCAAGUGGGAGUGGCCUGAAUGCUUCACUAACAAAUGGUCUCAGAUCUUCUACUCAAUCUUCAGCUAACACUGCAACCAUUGACCUAAGCCAGGCUAUCCCUUCAACCUCACGUGGAGUUACUGGGAGCAGCACCAGUGCAGAGGAACGCAUCCAUGCUAUGGCUGUGGGCAGUUUCACACAUUCCAAAUCUCAUUCUAACCGAGCCUUAAAGUCCAGUUCCAGUAGCCAUCGAUCUGGUGGGGCUAGACUUGACCAUAGUGGCCAACCUGCCUUUCCCAUUCAUCUCAUUCCCAACAACGCCAGCUAUGAAGCCAGUGUAAGUAAAAAGAGCCGACUAGAUGUUGGCCCCAUUUCAACAUCAGCUGCAUCGCCCACGAUCAACUCAUCAAGCUCUUUGUCCAUAAUAGACCAGAUGGAUCGGGCACGUUUGAAGCGAAUACUUUCAAAGCCAAGCAGCAGCAUUUCACGAGGCUUAUAUCACGGGAUUUCAGGAACAUCAUCCUCUUCUGCUCUUCGACACAGUGCCAGUGCUAGUCAGGCACGACAGACAUCGGCUACUGCAACUUCCACUUCUGCUACCACAACUAGUGCAGCACACAGCCGAUAUGUAGCCCUCGGCUCCAAGGAUGGCAACUCCUCUGACAACUCUGUCAUUUUCAUCAAGCAAGACCCUGACUGA